AACAGGCUUUGGCCCUUUCCAAUAUGGCGGACGCAUUGGCGUAUCAAAAUAGCUAGCAACGCAGUCUACCGUUUUCAAAUGUACAGCGCGUAAGUAAGAGUCCCGCUUACUUUUCCGCCAGGAUUUGAACCGUUGCUGAUGAUGUGGAGGCGUUUACGUUUACGGCUGCACUUUAGUUAGCAGCAAGUAAUGAUGUAUCUAGGAAAUCAAUCGUCUGAACGGCGAUACUGAUCUUGGAAAGUAAAUUAGAGAUGAGCUAAAUAGUGAACUUAGCUUUCCUGUUUGUUUGGAUUGUGUACACAACAGCACCUAAAACAUGUCUCUGACCCCGGAGAAAGCUUCUGAACUAAAACAGAUCAUUCAGGAUCAGCUGAUUAAGAUGGACAUCCACAGGAAGAUCCGGGAUGUGGUUGCUGAGGCAGUGCGGUGUGAAGGGGACCGGGGAGAGGAGCAGCCUCUGUCUGAAGAGGACCUGCUGAGGGCACUGCAGCGCAGGGGCAUUGUGGAGGACGCCAUGAAGCAGCUUAGUUUCACUAAUACAGCAUGUUCAGAAACAGAGGCAGAGGAUCUGGACAAGUCUCCAGCUCGUGUAACUGAGAAGGGCAUUACCCACCUUAAAACAGCCAAUAUAAGUCCACUGAGGAGGUACUUGUACCUGCAGGUUCUGGGGGGUAAGGCCUUCCUUGAGCACCUACAGGAGCCAGAGCCUUUACCUGGUCAGGUGUGUUCUAUCUUCACACUCCACCUUCACUUCCGCAACCAACGCUUUCACUCCAAACCUGUGCCCUGUGCUUGUGAACCAGACUUACAAGAGGGUUUUCUUUUAGAAGUACACAGAGAUGGUCCAGGUGAUGCCAGUAAAAUGGCUGAUGCCACCACCAUGUUGUCCAUUUGUGACCCGGUGCACAUGGUGUUGAUUCGGACAGACACUGCAGGAGACACGACACUCGUCUCUUCUUAUUUCUUGGACUGGCGAUCUGUCCUCUGUGCUCCCAAUGGAAAGACAUCAGUGUCUGUGGAGCUGCUUGGUGUAGGCAAUGAGUGUAAAGUGCCUGCUGGUGUACUUAAUCUCAAGCUGGAAUUGUAUCCUCCCCUAAGUGAGACUCUGAGCCCUGAAGUCAUCAGCACACAGCGAUCACUGGAGCGGCAAAAGAGUGCAGAGAAAGAGCGUUUAUUUUUGGUCUAUGCUAAGCAGUGGUGGAGGGAGUUCUUAGAAAUACGACCGUCUCACCAAUCCAAGCUGGUUAAGAUCUUUGCUCAAGAUGAGAAUGGGGUGAACAGAUCCGUGUGUUCGUACGUCUGUGUCUUGCGUGCUGGCCGGCUGUUGGAAAGUCCACGGCAGGCGGCUCGCUUUGUGAGUCUGCUGGCUCAGGAGAGGGUGCCGGUGCUGGGGGGAGGAACACGUCCUGAGCAGUGGUGCACUAUGAUGGCAUUCCUCUGUAGGAACAAGGGUGAUUGUGAGGACCAUGCCACACUGCUGUGUAGCCUGCUGCUAGGCUUUGGCCUGAAUGCUUAUGUCUGUGUAGGCACCAAAGCGAAAAACAUCCCUCACACCUGGGUGAUGACCUGUGGUACUGAUGGCACUGUCACUUUCUGGGAGAGUCAGACAGCACACAGGUACCUACAUCAGCCAGUAGACCCUGAGGCUCCCCCACUAGUUCUUCAGCCCAAACCCACCUACCCUUACCGCACGAUUGGUUGUAUUUUCAACCACAAGACUUUCUUGGCGAAUUGCCAGCCUUCAGACUCAGUGGAGUUAUGUGUGUUUGACUUCCUGGAUGCUUCACGCUGGAAGGCUAUGAGUGAAGAGGCUAUUUGUUCAGUUUGUUCUCAGAGUCCUCCUAUUCCUCCUCUGUGUCCUCCAUCAGUGCAGGCCAAUGAUGCCAGCAACCAACUAGAGCUUGAGCUGCGCUACUUGAUUACUGAGCACAGGAAGGAUAUUGGUAUGGCUACAGUGUGGGAUGAUCACCUGUCCUAUCUGCUCUCAUCUGCUCUGGCAGCCUAUGAGCUGGAGCGCUGUACAGGCAUGUCAUGUGGAAAUGAAGAGUUUCAGGAUGCUGUUCGAAGAGCUGUACCCGAUGGACACACAUUUAAAGGCUUUCCUAUUCAGUUUUUACACCGUAAUGCACGCAGAGCUUUUGCUACCUGCCUCAGGUCACCGUUCUGUGAGGAGGUUGUGUCUUGUCGGGGAGAUCAUGUCCGUCUGGCAGUGCGGGUGCGUGUGUUUCCCUAUCUCGAGUCAGCCUGUGCUGUCUGGAUCAUGUUUGCCUGCAAAUACAGAUCAGUGCUGUAAUCAGAAGUCAACACUCUGUGUGUCUUUCAAAUAAUAGUAAUAUGUGGUUUUGUUGGACAUUUGGGUGGUCUUCAUAGAAAAUAUUUUUGUUUUUAUUAUAGUUAUUUGUAUUAAAAUCUGUGACUUUUCCUAUUGGCAA